AAAACCCCGGCCGGGAUAGGGCGUGGGGCAGCGCGUCGGGACGUCCCCCGCGUAGGGCUCGACGGCGCCUGCGCGCUGCGCGGCCGGCCGGGGCGCCGGGGUGCUGGGAGUGGGGCGGGGGCAGGUGUAGCCUCUUUGCCUCAUUGUCCCUUAGCGCCGCCCGGAUAUCGCGCGGGCCGCUCGCACCAUGAAGAUCUGGACUUCGGAGCAUGUCUUUGACCAUCCUUGGGAAACUGUUACCACAGCUGCAAUGCAGAAAUACCCAAACCCUAUGAACCCGAGUGUGGUUGGAGUUGAUGUGUUGGACAGACAUAUAGAUCCCUCUGGAAAGUUGCACAGCCAUAGACUUCUCAGCACAGAGUGGGGACUGCCUUCCAUUGUGAAGACUCUUAUUGGUGCAGCAAGAACCAAAACAUAUGUGCAAGAACAUUCUGUAGUUGAUCCUGUAGAGAAAACAAUGGAACUUAAAUCUACUAAUAUUUCAUUUACAAAUAUGGUUUCAGUAGAUGAGAGACUUAUCUACAAACCACAUCCUCAGGACCCAGAAAAAACUAUUUUGACUCAAGAAGCCAUUAUCACUGUGAAAGGAGUCAGCCUUAGCAGUUACCUUGAAGGACUGAUGGCAAGUACCAUAUCUUCAAAUGCUAAUAAAGGCCGAGAAGCAAUGGAAUGGGUAAUACAUAAAUUAAAUGCCGAGAUUGAAGAACUGACAGCUUCAGCAAGAGGAAGCAUAAGGACUCCAAUGGCGGCAGCAGCAUUUGUAGAAAAAUGAUACUACAAGUUGGCAGACAACGUUGGGUCCCCCAGGUCUCUCCAAGCUGGCAAUAUAUUUAUUUGUUAUUUAAAAAAUACAACUAUAUUUUAGGUAGAAUUUUUUUUUAAUAAGCUGAUUUAAGGCUAACUGACUUUUGAUCAAAACAGAGAUACAGGGCUUCUAAAUAAAAGGGAUCAUCUGAAAUUAGUGUUGUUUGAAAUGGCUGUCUAGUUUUAAGGUUUCCAGUAUUUAUAUGAAAAUUUAAGUUUUCUUAAAAGUACUUGGAAAUUGGUAUUGACAUUGAAUUUCCUUAAGGUAGAAUUUUAAAGCUUUUCAUGCAUUGGAACUCUACCUGGCUUUGGACCAACCCCAGAAGAAAGCAGAGCCACCUCUUACACAAGAUUGCUCUGCUGCUGUAACUUCAACAGCUUGCAUGAGAGAACUCACCUUAAAAGGAGAAAUUAUAUACUUUUAAAAGAUAUUAAUUUGUAUAAAAUAACUUGCUCUGCUAUAAACCACCAUUAAAAACCAGUGUUUUGGUUUUGUACUUAAAUAUUUUUGGAGUGAAAAUUACCUCUAAAGUAAUAUAUGACUCCAACAAAAAUAAAAUUUUAUUGUAUUAAAGAGUACUGUAUUGAUUUGCCAAAGUUUUGUGACUUAGUAGGUAUUACCUUCC